GCCGUGGACCGGGCUGGGGUGGCAGUGUGCACAGCCCGUACAGUAUCUGUGCGCGUCAGUGAGGAUCAAACCUCAGUGUCAGCUUCCACUCUGAACAGCUCAGCGCUGCUAAAAUUAGCCCCCAAGCAGAGUAACCAGAUCACCUGGCCUUGAACUUCACCAGCGAGCUGGACUCCUUUCUGCUGGAUACUGUAGAGAUUUGUUGUAACUUUUUGCCUUGAUUAUUAGCUGAUCUGUCACUUGGCUCCUCUUGCUGUCAACUGGACUUUCCGAGGAUCAAGAUGUCGGUGAGUGGCGAGGGACUGACCCACGCCGACCCUGUGGUGCGCGAGGCCUACCUGAUGUCCCACGAUUACAUCAGCUACGUGACGGGCGUGGCUCCGGCCUCCAGACCCGCCCCCUCGAAGGCUGCGGCGGCGCUGCGCCACGCUGGGGACGAGCUGCUCCUCAAGUACCCCAUCUUCUUCAAGCGCUGGCCCAGGCUGUUCCAGGAGCUGGACAGGGGGGACGCCUGCGACACGCUGCUCCGAGUCCUGGACGAGCACUUCACUGCGGACAGAGCAGCCGGCCGCCAGCUCACCUGGAGCGCCAUCCUCUCCAUCUACGUGCUGGCGGGACAGAUGGCGCUGCACUGCCAGGAGAGCGGCAUGGGGUCGGCGCUGCCCGAGCUGCAGAGGCGUGUCGGGGAGUACGUGGAGAGGGUGGUGUGCCCCCAGAUCAGGGAGAAGGGGGGCUGGUCCGGGUUCCUAACCCGCUACAGUAAGAAGCAGGACCCUGAGCAGGUUGUGAUCAGGGUUUGCUGCGCUUCCCUCCUGCUCUUCACCAGUGUGACCCUGAGCUACUACCUGUGGAAACGCAAAGUCUCCUAAACCACC